UCAAAACCAUAGAUUGGACACGGAGACUGUGUACAAGCUUCAAAAGUCCAAAGAGUUUAUCUCUCAACUUGGUUGAGAUUAGUGCAACCCGGACCAUGACAAAAAGAGAGCUUUUCAACGAUGUCUAUUUUCAGUCGCAAUCUUGUGACUCUGUUUUCUCCAAGUUCCCAUAUUUGCCCAGAGAAUUGCGGCAGAUGAUCUGGUCACACUCGCUACGCCGGCGACGAUGGAUACCGCUUAGAGUGGUCCUACCAACAGACUACUUGUCCUAUGUAGACUAUGGACAAUCAAGGGAAAAGUAUCUUCGAACUCCCUACUACGGCGCCCGGAAUAGCCUGGGCAAGAUCAUCAGUGGGUGGGACUACCACCUCGCUGUCGACAAGGAAGAUUCAACCCUGAGCCCGCUGUUCGGGGUCAGCAGUGAAGCGAGACAAAUUGCCCUGGAGUUCUACCGCGUCCGCGUUCCAGUUCGUCAGUGUCUCUCCCUCUCCAGUGGGAGGGAUCUCCGCCUCAACCCGGAAUACGACGUUGUCUUUCUGAAGUGGGCUUACAGGUCUUACCUGAUAGCCGACAUCCUGCACGACAUCAAAGCCCACGACCCCCAAGAUGUCGGCGUCGUACAUCUCGCACUCAAUGAAGGAUUCUGUGAUUACUUGGACAAACUGAGCUGCGAGAGCCCGGACGGGUUUCCAGACAUCAAAUAUGGACUUAGCCUUUCAACCCUCCACCAGGUAGCGCGGGAGUCGCUCGCCGAGAUGGUGCGCAGCAAGAUCCAGUCCAUUUUCUACAUGGUCAACUUCCUCUGGGACAGGGUGUGGAACCCCGUGGCGGGUAUCAGCCACCCCCUGACCGGCACCCCCGGAUCCGGCCUGUUCAUGCUCCACCACGCGCGCGGCCGUCCUCUCGAUCGGCACCUGGACUCGGCGACCUUUUUCGACUGGCUCCCGCGGGAUCCACGGCCCGUGGACGCGGACCUCGGCAUGGUCCGGCUCUGGGACGACCCGCACCGGCUGUCCGAGUGGUGGACGCGGCUCGAGGCCCUGUUCGGAGCCGACGGGUGGUGGCAGACGCACCCGCGGCCCGACUUUUACCUCUGUCCCUCCACCCGGUGGUCGACCCGCUUUCACGGCUACGAGCCGUGUGUCGGAGGGGACCAGGCCGACCCGGACCUCACUCGCGAGCGCCUCGAGCUCUACCUGGACGACGAGGCGCGCAGGCUCGACGAGGCUUGCGAGUACGCGGCCGUCUGUCACCAGUGGAAAGGCGGCAGGCGCGGGUUCCUCCUGGACCAGGCGACGUACGAGAGGCUGCAGGUGGAGCUGCGCGACGUUGUCGGCAUGUGGGUCCUGCGGCCGGAUGCAUACGUGGACCACGAAAACAGGACGGACCCGUUGGAAAGACCCAAGAGAUGCUACGACGUGUCGGCGGCUUGGCCUGGCCUGGUUGUGUUUGAGAAGGCGGUAGACUGA